CUCCAUCUUGAGAAACGCUUGUCUUCACAGGUGUGAAAUUCAGAUUUGCGUUGGCGACUGUAAAAAAUCACCCAAAAGGGUGAAUCAUGGAAGAGACCCAAGCUGAGUCUACUGGCAAGUCAAGAAACACAAUUGAGAAUGUCAGUCUAUGGAUAGAGCAGUUCUUCAACUACAAAUGCUACAUCACCCUCCUGACUGGCUGCUACAGUUGCCAGUGGCAAUAUGGAGAGUGGGAAAAGCCAGAACUUGGAUCCUGUUGCUGCUCCCGGGUACAGAGAUGGAAAGAAGCUAGACUACACUUACUUAGGUAAAGAGCAAUUUUUCUUUUUGUGCCUGGUAACUGCAUUCAUCUUGUCUGUGCUUUUUCUGUUCGUCUGGGUAGAAACCUCCAAUGAAUACAACAGCUUUGACUGGGUUGUUUUUCUAGGGACAGGAUGCUGGUUCUUUUGGUCCAUUUUGGUGCUGUGUGCAGGUGGGAUCCUGACUGUCUACACUUCCUUGCUUUUGUUGUUUGGGUUUCUGUUGCUCUGGGAAAGGAUUGAACUAACCCUGCAUACGUCGCACAAGGUCUUCAUUUUUCUAGUCAUCAUCCUGUGCUCCUUCUUACUUGGUGUUUUAAACCAAUUCUGGAAGGACAAGUGGCUGAUAGCUGGGCUGUCACUGCAGAUCUUUGCUCCCUUCGUGCACCUGAGCCUCAUAACUGUGAUGGUUAUAAUUUCCUGGCCUCUAGCCAUCUGCAUGGCCCACUUGGAAACAGAAGUUAAAAGAAGAUACAUGAUGGACAAUUAUGAGCACGAAAUACUGGAGAAAUGUAAUGUAUUCCAAAGGUUAAGAGCUUUACAAGUAACUGCUGGACUGUCCUUCCUGAUCAUUCUUUUAUGUCUUUAUUUGAUGCCGCUGGGGAUUUAUUCCCCCUGUGUUCUGAAGAAGGAGAAUUUAGGGCCUAAGCCUGCCCUCUUUGGACAUAGAGGCGCACCUAUGUUGGCGCCAGAGAAUACCAUGAUGUCCUUUGAGAAGGCUGUUGAAUUUGGUGUUUCUGGUCUGGAGACAGAUAUAUACGUAAGCGUUGAUCAUGUGCCUUUCCUCAUGCAUGACUAUGACCUGACUAGGACAACCAAUAUCAUAGAGGUCCUACCAUCAGCUGCUAGUAACCACUCUUCCAACUUCAAUUGGACGUUCCUAUCAUCUCUGAAUGCCGGCCAAUGGUUCUUAAAGCAUAAGCCAUUUUUUGGCAUGAAACCUUUAUCAGAGGCUGAUCAAAAAAGAGCAGGCAACCAAUCAAUUCCACAGCUGAGUGAGUUUUUGGAACUUGCAAAAAGGGAAGAGAAGAUUGUGCUAUUUGACCUUUUUGGCCCUCCACCAGGACAUCCUCUGAGAAACACUUUUGUCCGAAGAGUAGUAAGGGUCAUCCUCGACUCUAAAAUUGAGCAGCGUCUGAUAUUUUGGCUGCCGGGUUUUGAUAGAGAAUAUGUCAAGUACAUGGCUCCCGGUUUUCAGCAUGUGGGCCGUUUAUGGUCCAUUGAGGAGCUCACACAAAAGAAUAUUAGUAUAAUAAAUGUCGACUAUAAGAGACUGUUCUACUCUGGGUUGAGAGAUUAUAAAAAGGCUAAAAUCUACAUCCAUGUGUAUGUCAUCAAUGAGCCUUGGCUCUUCUCGCUGGCCUGGUGUUCUAAUGUCAACUCUGUGACCACAGACAACAUUGAGCUCCUGAGUCAGCUUAGCCACCCUCUCUUCUUCAUGACACCAGGCUACUACUUGCUCAUGUGGCUUUUCCUGGAUGUUGCUUCUGCGAUUAUCAUCGGCGUUAUAUUUUGUUAUCACUGGGUAAAAGAGCUGAGAAGAGAAAGGUGGCUUGAAACUACUGCAUCUGCAGAUUUUGAGAGACUAAACCUCCCCACAGAAAACUCUGAGAUUCAAAGAACUCCACACUUACCUAGCAAGCCUCCUGCCCAAAUAGGGAGAAGUCCAUGGACUCCAGAAGUCCACUAUGAAAGCUCAACCAGGAGAGGAAAGAACCGCACACACACUUCUCAAUUUGUCAAAGCCCCCAAGAAGAAACCAGUACCAUUCAAGAACAAGGUUAAACCACUAACUCAGGGCUUUCAACAUACCCAAGAAUCCACCACCAGCCAAGCUUCCUUACAAACCCCACAGCCCACCUUGAAGGAGGAUGAAUCACCAGGACCCGUCAUAGAGGACUCUUCUAAAAAAAAUCACCUAACGGACAUAACAGAAAAUAUAGAUAUCUCUCACCGGAAGCCAGAGGUGGCACCUGAUUCUGUCAAUUUAACUGCUAAAAAUAAGAAAGAAUUUCAGGGAAAAAAGCCUACGACACAAAAAUCAUAGGAAAACUCUGGCCAGAUUCCAGCCUUUCGAGAUAUUCAAACUCUCUCCGUUUCACAGCAGUCCUGAAAGAGGAGGCUCUCUCUCAAACCACCAGAUUUCUUCCAGUGAGAGCAUUGUUUCAUUAGGACUUGCCAAGAAGAAUAGCCAACCUGUAUCUCCCCAAGGGAGAUAUUAGUGCCACCACCAGUAACCCCUAAGAGAAUACUAUACCUCGAGGCUCCCCCAAAGAUGACAAUGCUCUGUCAGAGCUUCCAAAAGGAACCUCGAACCACCAAAGUGUCCUAAGGGGGGUGUGAGAUCGCUAAUGCUCCCCUCAACAGUACUGUGUCUCCUAAGGGGUUUUAUCGAACCACCAGUGUGCCUAUAGAGAACAUCAAACCUCCAAGUUCCCAUUUAAGGGAUCACUAGGUACACACCUCACUGAACACCACCAUGACCCCUGUAUAACUAAAUCCCUUCCCAGAAAUCUGUUUACACAGCAUGUUCCUCCUCAAUUAUGCCUUCCUUCUCCCACUAGAGAAAAUUUAACCUCAUUUGCCCUCUUCUCCUCCUCUCUGAACCUAAGUAUGGUGAUGGUGGGGUGUGGUCAAGGCUCCCGUAGAGGCCUUCAAGGCUUUCAGGAGCAGCACUGUGGCCCAGCUCCUCUAUGGGAUGCACUUGAGAAGACAGGCCAGGGGAAAUGGUGGUGCACAGUCGUGGACCUGGAACUGGCUGCUCUCUGGGUUUGCAGGGCUGUCUCAUUGUAUGCUUCUGUUGUUCUUCCUGCUGGAGGAGUGUCUAGUCACGUCAGCUUAUAAUAAAGGCAGCCUCUCAGGAAGCCAGUGUGCGGUUUGCCCCUCUGUGGUCACCUAGGCUGAUGAAGACUGUGGGAUGGCACAGUAGUGACAUUUUCCUAAGUCAGGGAUAGAGAGGUGGCCUAGGCUUGAGCCAGGACAAAGCUCUCAUCCCACCCUCGUUUUCUGAUCUGUGUGCAGGUGGUUGCUUGCUCCCCAGUGCCCAAGAUUCACAAUCCAUGAUCCCAUUUCACUCAAUAAAUAGCCUUUGGUCUUACCAGGAAAA